AUGCCGUGGCCCUUCUCGGAGUCCAUCAAGAAGAGGGCCUGCAGGUACCUGCUGCAGCGCUACCUCGGCCACUUCCUGCAGGAGAAGCUCAGCCUGGAACAGCUCAGCCUCGAUCUCUACCAGGGCACCGGCUCCUUGACGCAGGUCCCGCUGGACAAGUGGUGUCUGAAUGAAAUCCUGGAGUCUGUAGAUGCGCCUCUGGAAGUCACAGAUGGCUUUAUCCAGUCAAUUUCAUUAUCUGUUCCAUGGGGGUCCUUGCUGCAAGAUAACUGUGCAUUGGAAGUAAAAGGAUUAGAGAUGGUCUUCAGGCCAAGACCAAGACUUGCAUCUGGCUCUGAGCCUAUGUACUGGUCAAGUUUUAUGACGAGUAGUAUGCAACUUGCAAAAGAGUGUCUUAGCCAAAAAUUGACGGAUGAACAAGGAGAAGGGUCCCAGCCUUUUGAAGGACUUGAGAAAUUUGCAGAAACUAUUGAAACAGUUCUAAGAAGAGUGAAAGUUACGUUUUUAGAUACUGUUCUGCGAAUUGAACAUGUGCCGGAAAACUCUAAAAGUGGAAGUGCACUUGAAAUCCGAGUAGAAAGAACGAUAUACUGUGACGAAACUGCAGAUGAAUGCUCUGGAAUUAACGUGCAUCAGCCCACAGCCUUUGCUCAUAAGUUGCUUCAUCUCUCAGGUGUCUCUCUCUUCUGGGAUGAGUUUCCUGCAUCAACAAAGUCCUCCCCAGUCUGCUCAGCUACACAGCUGGCAACUGAACCAAAGCUUUCACCUAGCUGGAACCCAAAAAUCACUUAUGAGCCACAUCCACAAUUAACACGGAGCUUGCCAGAAAUUACUCCCUCUGACCCUGUACAGAUCAGUAAGCUGACUGGUAGAAUGGAGUUGAGCCUAACAUUAAAGCAAAAUGAAGUACUUCCUGGAGCAAAGUUGGAUGUAGAUGGACAAAUAGAUUCCAUGCAUCUAUUUCUGUCGCCAAGGCAGGUACAUCUUCUAUUGGACAUGGUAGCAGCUAUUGCUGGACCAGAGAGCCUAAGCAGGAUAGAACUGUCAAAUAAAGACAGGAAAAACCGACCAAUGCAACAGGAAGAUGAGUAUCGGAUUCAGAUGGAGUUGAAACGUUAUUUAAGAAAAGAGUCUUUAUCUGCAGGAGCAUCAUCUGAGCAAAGCUUCUAUGAGACAGAGAGUGCCAGAACGCCUUCGAGUCGUGAAGAAGAAGUUUUCUUCUCAAUGGCUGAAAUGGACAUGUCUCACAGCCUUUCCUCCCUUCCGCCACUUGGAGACCCUCCAACUAUGGAUCUAGACUUGUCUCUAACCAGUACAUACACAACUACACCAGCAGGAUCUCCACUGAGCACUACUGUGCUUCAGCCAACUUGGGGUGAUUUUCUUGAUCGUAACAAACAAGAACUGCAACCACCAAGAGGUUCUUCACUUGCAGCCAAUGUGGUUCACCAAGCUUCCUUAAGAAGGACGUCUAUUCCAUCCAGAUCUGUUUCAGUGGAUGAAUCCAGGCCUGAGCUUCUUUUUAGACUGGCAGUGGGAACUUUCUCAGUGUCUGUACUGCACAUUGACCCUUUACCCCCACCUGAAAGUUCACUGAAUCUUAAUCCAUUGACACCAAUGGCUCGGGAUUUCUUUACCCGAAUAGAAAAGAUUGAGCCAGUUAAGUUUGCAACAGAAGAUUUUCUGUCCUUCCGAGAAGUAUUUGCGGAAGCUUGUUCUCAUGAUCACCUUAGAUUUAUAGGUACUGGCAUCAAAGUCUCCUAUGAACAAAGACAAAGGGCUACUUCUCGAAGUUUCAGUACUGAUUUAUCCGUUGGGGAAAUGGAGUUCUUGGAAUGCCUUUUCUCUACUGACUCUCAUUCCAUUCAGCCUCACUAUACAGAGCUGUUGACAUUUCACUCUAAAGAAGAAAAUGAUUCUCAUGCUGUGCCAUGCCUUCAGCUUCAUUAUAAGCACUCAGAUAACAGAGGACCUCAGGGUAGUCAAGGGAGACUAAGUUCCGUUCCACAAAAAGCAGAGCUACAAAUAAAGUUAAGCCCAGUGUUUUGUGAAUUGGAUAUUAGUAUUGUAGACAGAUUAAAUUCUUUACUUCAACCUCAGAAACUAACUACAGUGGAGAUGAUGGCAUCUCAUAUGUACACUUCUUACAACAAGCAAUUUAGUCUGCAUAAAGCAUUUACUGAAGUUUUUCUGGAUGAUUCACAUACUCCUGCAAACUGCAGAGUUUCCGUUCAAGUCACUGCGCCAGCAUUAAAUCUCUCUGUUCGCUUCCCGAUACCUGACUUACGAUCAGAUCAGGAAAGAGGACCUUGGUUUAAGAAAUCACUUCAGAAGGAGAUUCUUCAUCUUGAAUUCACAGAUGUGGAAUUUAAGACUGAGUUUAUAGGAGGGUCAACUCCAGAGCAACUUAAAUUAGAACUCACCUUUAAAGAGCUAACCGGCUCCUUUGAAGAAGAUAAAGGAGAGGCACCAAUAAAAUUUUUUCAAGUAUCUGGUGGCAUCGAUGGAGAUAUGACAUCAUCAGAUAACUUUGACUGGCCUCGGAUUGUAUUGAAAAUAAAUCCUCUAGCUGUGCACUCGAUCCUGGAAAGGAUAGCAGCAGAGGAGGAAGAAGGAGAUGGUAACUUUCAAGAGGAAGAAGAAGGAGGGUCUCAUUCUUUGAAGGAUGUCUGUGAUUUUAGAAGACCAGAGCCUUCUCCUUUUUCUUCUCGUAGGGUCAUGUUUGAAAACGAAGAGAUGGUGAUGCCAGGAGAUGUAGUUGAAAUGAUGGAAUUUCAGGAUAAAACAAUUAGUAAUUCUCAUUAUGUCCUGGAACUCACAUUACCAAACAUUCACUUAACGUUACCAAGCAAAAGCUUUUAUGAAAAACUUUACAAUAGGAUCAGCAAUGAUUUAUUGCUGUGGGAACCCACAGCUCCGUCUCCUGUAGAAACAUUUGAAAACCUUUCUUAUGGUGUUGGACUAUCUGUGGCCAGCCAGCUCAUCAAUACUUUUAGUAAAGACAGCUUUAGUCAGUUUAAAUCUGCAGUUCAUUAUGAUGAUGAGAGCGGAUCUGAGGAGGAAACGCUGCAGUAUUAUUCCACAGUCGAUCCAAACUAUCGUUCACGCAGAAGGAAAAAACUUGACUCUCAGAAUAAGAACUCACAAAGUUUCCUCUCUGUUGUGUUAAAUGUUAGUCAUGGAUUAGUUUCAAUAUUCACAGAUAUAAAGAAAGAUGAUGGAAAUAUAGUGGAAGGAAAAUACGGUGAAUUCUGGUUAGAAUUCAACAGUGGUUCCCUUUUCAGUGUGACUAAAUACGAAGGCUUUGAAGAUAGACACUACAUUUGUCUUCAUUCUAGCAGCCUCAAUUUAUAUCACCAAGGUUUGGUGGAUGGGGUUGUCCCUUCGUCUGAGGUCCGGCUGCCCAGCACAAUACGGCCCCACUGGUUGGAACCAACCAUUUGCUUCUGUGAAGAGGACGGCCUUAGUAGGACUGCGCUGGAUGGUGUGGGAGGGGAGUCUCUGAACAUGCUGACCGUUGCAGUCAAAAUACAGUCAGAUAAACUGGAGAAUAACACAAAGGAAUUUCUAGUUGCUGUUGGACUAAGAGGAGCUACCCUGCAGCACAGAGUCCUGCCUUCAGGUUUAACCUGGCACGAACAGAUUUUAUAUUUCCUGAAUAUUUCUGAUGAGCCUGUCUUGGGAUAUAAUCCUCCAGCUACAGUUACAACCUUUCAUGUCCAUCUGUGGAGUUGUGCUCUUGAUUACAGGCCUUUGUAUUUGCCAGUCAGGUCUCUACUUACAGUUGAAACUUUCAGCAUUUCCAGCAGUGUUGCAGUAGAUAAAUCCUCUUCUACUCUGAGGAUAAUUUUAGAUGAAGCUGCUUUGCAUCUGUCUGACAAGUGCAAUACUGUCACCGUGAACCUUCAUAGAGAUUAUGUCCGUGUUAUGGAUAUGGGACUUCUGGAAUUAACCAUUACAACAGUAAAAUCUGGUUUUGAUGGAGAAAGAACUAAACCACGUUUUGAGCUGCACUGUUCCAGUGAUAUUAUCCAUAUUCGUACCUGCUCUGAUUCGUGUGCUGCACUAAUGAAUCUUAUACAAUAUAUUGCAAGUUAUGGUGAUUUACAUCCACCUGCAAAGACAGAGAUGAAAUCUGGAGUCAGCAAGACAAAAAUGAAGGCAGAUACCUUUAGCCAGCCGUCUUCCCAAGGCCCAAUCCUUGCCGAAUCAGAGCAGCAGAUUUUACGGGAUUUGAUGAGUGAUGCUAUGGAGGAGGUUGAGCCGCGUCGGACUGCUUCCCCCACGAAGCCAGAGUCUAAUGGAGUUUUGGACGACAGCUCCCAAACUCAAGAGCCAUCUUGUUCAGAUCUCUUCUUGUUUCCAGAUGAAAGUGGAAAUGUUUCACAAGAGUCAAGUCCCCCUUACUCUUCCUUCACUCAUCACCUGUUAAUUGAAAGUGAUGAUUUCUGCUUUCUCUUUGCACCCAAAGUUUCUGUAACUGCAAAAGAGGAAGAGCCAGUAGUAAGAGUAAUGGUGGAUGAUGCAAUUAUCAUAAAGGAUAAUCAUUUCAGCCAACCUGUUAAAAAAGCAGAUACAAGCAAAGCUCCCCUUCACUUUCCUGUUCCUUUGGUACGCUAUGUUGUAAAGGAAAUCUCUCUUAUUUGGCAUCUUUAUGGUGGAAAAGAUUUUGGAACUGCGCCACCAACUUCUCCAGCUAAAAGUUUCAUUAGUCCCCAUAGUUCUCCUUCUCAUACUCCAACAAGGCAUGGACGGAGUACAGCAUGCGGGGGAAGAGGAAGAAACCCAGACUUCCUUAUGGAAAUUCAGUUAAGCAAGGUGAAAUUCCAGCAUGAGGUGUAUCCAUCAAGUGGGCCACCAAGUGAAUCCAGUCUAUUGGAGCAGCCAGUGUCACGUCAGGUUUUUAUUGUUCAAGACCUGGAGAUCAGAGAUCGCUUGGCUACAUCACAAAUGAAUAAAUUUCUCUAUCUCUACUGUAGUAAUGAGAUGCCCAGAAAAGCACAUUCAAACAUGUUAACAGUUAAAGUCCUGCAUGUUCGGCCAGAGUCUGGCAGAUCCCCACAGGAAUGUUGUUUACGUGUUUCACUGAUGCCACUUCGCCUCAACAUUGACCAGGAUGCCUUGUUUUUUCUGAAGGAUUUUUUCACUAGCCUGUCUACAGAAGUUGAACUUUUAGUGACUCCAGAUCCUGAAGUUAAGAAAUCUGCUGCUACUGAAGUUACCUGCAAUUUGCCCAGACAUGUCAGCAGCCUUAAGGACCCAAGUCCAGUAAUUUCCUUCUCAUCACACAAGCAAACAAAUGAAAAUGGUAGCAUUGAUUCUGUGGAUGUGAUUAAUGUAGAUGAUCACUAUUUCUUACAAGAAAUGACAUCAUACAGUGAUCAGCCGGUAUUUUUCAGAGAAUUUCGGUUUACAUCAGAAGUUCCAAUACGCCUAGACUACCAUGGCAAACAUGUCUCCAUGGAUCAGGGAACAUUAGCAGGGAUUCUUAUUGGACUUGCUCAAUUAAACUGCUCAGAAUUAAAGUUGAAAAAACUUUGCUACCGACAUGGUUUAUUAGGUGUGGAUAAGUUGUUCUCUUAUGCCAUCGGUGAAUGGAUUAAUGAUAUUAAAAAGAACCAGCUACCAGGAAUUUUGGGAGGAGUAGGACCAAUGCAUUCACUAGUGCAGCUGGUCCAAGGCCUGAAGGACUUGGUGUGGUUGCCCAUAGAGCAGUACCGAAAGGAUGGUCGCAUUGUGAGGGGCUUUCAAAGAGGGGCUGCUUCUUUUGGCACUUCCACUGCAAUGGCAGCAUUGGAGCUAACAAACAGAAUGGUUCAAACUAUACAGGCAGCUGCAGAGACCGCGUAUGACAUGGUGUCUCCAGGGCCAACUUUCAUUGAAUCCAAAAAGGUCAAACGAUUCCCGCGACACCGUUUAGCUCAUCAGCCAGUAGACCUGCGGGAAGGUGUGGCCAAAGCAUAUAGUGUAGUAAAAGAGGGGAUUACGGACACAGCCCAUACCAUCUAUGAAACUGCUGCUCGUGAGCAUGAAAACAGAGGGGUAACUGGUGCCGUAGGAGGAGUCCUCCGCCAGAUUCCACCAACUGUGGUGAAGCCUUUUAUUGUUGCAACAGAGGCAACCUCAAAUGUUUUAGGUGGAAUGAGAAACCAGAUCAGGCCAGAUGUACGUCAAGAAGAGUCUCAGAAAUGGCGCCUUGGGGAAGACUGACGUUAUAGAUGUGACUCAGCAGGCAGGUAGCAAGGCUGGAAGUGCAGAAGGUCAUGUCCUGUUGGCAGCUUUUGAUGGAGCUCACUUUGUUUUGUUAUGCUCAUCUCAGGAACAAACAAGGUUUUCAACUACUUAAUAGCAAAACAUCCAACCAAAAAUAUUUAUGAAGUGAAAAGCAAAUUGGUACUUGCUUCUGCUGUGUGUUACCAAUACAUUUGGUAGAUAGUGCCAAACAUAGCAAAGCAUGCGCUGCCAACUCAGAGACAUGCUUGCUCCGUUCCAUUUACCAUAUUUUCAUGGUAGAGUUAACAUCUGAAGCAGUAGCCUGUAUGGUGAAAUUAAGUAUAAUUUAAAAGAGAUUUUUUUCAGCAUAGUUAAAAGAACUGCCUUUAAUAAAGGGUUUUAUAGGAGCUCUUC